UUGACAAUAUUUGGUAAACAAAAAAAGUUUGCAAAUAUCCAAUUGGAUUGGAAAAACAAAGAAGUUAUUUUUGUAAACUCGUAUUAAAAUGAGCCAAGUGGCUGAUAUAGAAAAAGUUCCAGUGUCAUUUGCUUGUCAGAGAUGCUUACAACCGAUAGUAUUAGAUGAAACUUUGGAAAACAUAAGUGUCCAUGCAUUGGCAGAGCUGUCAUUGCCCAUAUAUGCAAGCAAUGUGAACACGAUCGAUGCCCAGGAUAACAGUUUUGAUCAUUUUGUACCACCAUAUCGCCUAACAGACUCCAUAAAUGGCACAGGUUUUAUGUUGGUAUCCGAUGGCCGCGAUAAUAAAAAAUGGAGUGCAGCUUUUAAGUUGAAGGCCGAGUUAUUUGAUUGUUUAUCAUCAAACUCCGAAAUAGACCAUCCAUUGUGUGAAGAAUGUGCCGAUUCCAUGCUGGAAAUCAUGGAUAGAGAAUUGAAGAUUGCAGAGGACGAGUGGAGUGACUAUAAAAACUAUUUGAAACAUUUGGAACAACAACAGGAUUGUCCAAAUGUUGCCGAAUUGGAAAAGGAAUUGGCUGAACUCAAAGAAAACGAGCAAAAACUGCUCAAUCAGUUGAGCGAUCUAAAAGUAGAGGAACAAGGUUUAAAUGCAGCCAUAGAAAAUGAGGAAAAAGAAAAGCAAAAAUUGCAGGAUCAAGAAGCGAGCUACUGGCGAGAGUAUACCAAACAUCGACGGGAACUAAUGCUCACCGAGGACGAUAAGAGGAGUCUAGAGUGCCAAAUAGCAUAUGCAGAACAGCAACUGGAAAAGCUUAAAGAUGCCAACAUUUUCAAUAUUACAUUUCACAUUUGGCAUGCUGGUCAUUUUGGCACAAUAAAUAAUUUCCGUUUAGGGCGAUUACCUUCUGCGUCCGUUGAUUGGUCUGAAAUAAAUGCUGCCUGGGGUCAAACAGUAUUAUUACUCUGUGCUUUGGCUCGCAAAAUUGGCUUGACUUUUGAGCGUUACAGAAUUGUACCAUUUGGUAAUCACUCGUACGUUGAAGUCUUGGGAGAAAAUCGUGAACUUCCCUUGUACGGCACUGGUGGCUUUAAAUUUUUUUGGGAUACUAAAUUUGAUGCAGCAAUGGUUGCUUUCCUUGAUUGCCUAACACAGUUCCAACAGGAGGUGGAGAAGCGAGAUCCAGAAUUCCUGCUGCCAUAUAAAAUGGAAAAGGGAAAAAUUAUAGAUCCCUCAACAGGAAAUUCGUAUUCGAUAAAAAUUCAGUUCAAUUCUGAGGAGCAAUGGACGAAAGCUCUUAAGUUUAUGCUUACAAAUCUUAAAUGGGGCUUGGCGUGGGUUUCAUCUCAGUUUGACAAUAACCAAUAGAUUAUGUAUUUAACUGGCAUUAAUUAAAUUAGUUAUCUUAUAUUUAAGAAAUUGGAUGUUUAUUCAAUAAUUUUAAUGAAAUUCAUAUGUACGUUAAUAA